AUUAUUCAUCCAAGCAUUGAAUUGUUCAGAUCAAAAAAAUAAUUAAAUACGGUAAAAAAUGAAACUUUCAAUAGUUUUCUUUGCAUUGGCAUUCGCUUGCCUUACUGAGGCUUUCCCUCAACCUCCAUCAAACUUAGAAGUUGCAAAUCAUGAUCAUCCAGAGCAACAUCACUUGAAGCACUACAAACCAGGUCAUAAGAGCAGCUCAAGUGAGGAAUCUGAUGAGUCAAGUGAAUCAAGUGAAUCUGAUGAACACAAACCACACCACCCACCUCAUCAUCCUCAUAAGCCACCUCAUAGACCAUCGAGACCUCCACGUCCAACAACAACUGUGAAUCCUGAGACUGAUGCGCCAGAAAUUGAAGAUCCAGAGACUGAAGAACCAGAGACUGAAGGUCCAGAAACUGAAGGUGCAAAGACUGAAGUUCCAGAAACUGAUGCUUCAGAGACUGAGACAUCCAAUACAGAAGCACCUAACACUGAAGCACCAACAGAAUCAUCUGAAACAGACGCUCCAGAAACCAAUGCUCAAGAUACAGAACAACCUGAAACCGAAGCUCCAGAGUCUCAAGCUCCAGAAACUGAGGCACCAAGCACAGAUGUUCCAGAGAUCGAAGAACCUGGAAAUUAAGUUCAAACAGUCAACUUGAUUAAUUGAAAUGGAAAAUGUGUAAAGUUAAUUUUUUGGAAUAAAAAAUAUAUUUUUAAUUUUGCAUAAUUUA